GACUAGUCAAUCGGAAAAUUCUCCUCCGGGAAGUUCUUUCUCAACUACCCAAUCGCCGCUCCAUUCAUUCUCAUUUCUCGCGUUCCAGGUAUCAAGGAAUGACGACGCGCCACCUUCUCUCCCUCACGCGCCGCCCUCAUCGCCUGAAUGCAUCAUGCCUGAGUCAGUACACUCGAUUCGCCUCCCAUUUAGCUCAGGCUACCGAAGCUCCGGUAGCGCCUUCUCCGCCACCUCCAGACCUCAUGAUCUACGAUCAAUUAGCUGAAGGAGUGAAAUCCAAGCUCCGGCGACUCGAGAGGCCGGACCCCAGGUUCCUCCGAUACAAUUCCCCGCGCCCGACUCAGACCGAUCACACCUCGAUCCUCUCUUCUCCGGAGACUAAAGUGACGACUCUCCCGAACGGCCUGCGUAUCGCCACCGAGUCCAACCUCGCCGCGAAGACCGCGACGAUAGGCGUGUGGAUCGACGCUGGAUCUCGGUUCGAGGCGGAAGAGAGCCACGGCGUGGCGCAUUUCCUCCAGCACAUGAUCUUCAAGGGGACUGAGAAGCGGCCGCGCGAGGCUUUCGAGGAGGAGGUUGAGAACAUGGGAGCGCGCAUGAAUGGUUUCACUUCGAGAGAGAUGACCGCGUUCUCUGCCAAAGUCCAGGGCAAGGAUGUCACCAAGGCGCUCGAUCUUCUGUCUGACGCGAUUCAGAACCCAGAUAUCGAGAAUGAGAAGAUUAAUAACCAGCGCAAAGUGAUUCUCCGAGAAAUAGCAGAGGGUGAAACAGAUCCCAAGAAGAUCAUUUUUGAUCAUUUACAUGCCACUGCAUUCCAAUUCACUCCUCAUGGUAGAACUGUUAUUGGAUCUACGGAGAGCAUUGAAAAAAUUUCGAAGGACCACAUUCAGGAUUACAUUUCAACCCACCAUGCAGCUCAUAGAAUGGUUAUUUCUGCUAGUGGAGCUGUUAAACACGAGGAUGUUGUUGAACAAGUGAAGAAGUGCUUCACAAAACUAUCUUCUAACCCUGUUACCCCUUCUCAGCUGGUUGCAAAUAACCCUGCAAUAUUCACUGGCUCAGAGGUCCGGAUUAUUGACGAGGAUCUGCCUCUUGCUCAAUUUGCUGUUGCCUUUGCCGGUGCAUCCUGGACUGACCCAGAUUCCAUAGCAUUGAUGGUCAUGCAACAAAUGCUUGGAUCAUGGGACAAAAGCUGUGGAGGGGGAAAGCACAUGGGUUCACAUCUUGUCCAAAGGGUGGCAAUUAAUGACAUAGGUGAGAGUGUGAUGGCUUUCAACAUGAACUACAAGGAUACAGGGCUAUUUGGCAUCUAUGCCGUAGCAACGCGUGAUUGCUUGGAUGACUUAGCUUAUUCUAUAAUGUAUGAGAUGUGUAAGUUAUGCUACCGAGUGUCUGAAGAUGACGUCAUCCGUGCUCGUAAUCAGCUGAAAUCUUCUUUAGUGCAACAAAUUGAUGGAACAAGCAGCACUGCUGAUGAAAUUGGGCGUCAGUUAAUCACUUACAGCCGAAGAAUUCCAUUUGCUGAGCUAUUUGCCAGGAUUGAUUCCGUGGAUGCCAGCACAAUAAAGAGAGUUGCCAACCGUUUUAUUUUUGACAGGGACGUUGCAAUAGCGGCAAGGGGACCGAUUCAGGGCUACUUGCCAGACUACAACUGGUUUAGGCGCAGAACAUACUGGCUGCGCUACUAAAACAUUUACUACUAUUCCUUUUUUUGCCAACAUUUUUUGGUUCUUCCUACUUUGUGUGUACUGUGGGGAUUGGUUUUAGAAUAAAUCUGGGGGGGGGGGCAGUCUAUAGUCUACAGAAGGUUGUGACUGUAAAUAAUAUGGGGGGUGGGGG